CGGGGCCGAGCGGAGGCGAGCGCGAACAAGCGCGAAUGAAGAAUUACGAACGCACUUGACUCUCGACGAGCGACGUACGAACGAGCCCGAAUGGGAACGUUCCGUCUCUCGUCGAUAUGUUUAUCAAAGGGAAAGCGCUCGGCGAGGUGACAUGGAUAGCUCAGUGGCGAGGCAUUCGUCUGUCAGGUGGAAGGGACAGAUUCGAUUCCCGAGUCCGCCGCCUCGCGCCAAGAGGGACCUUUGAAGGGUGAGGUAUCGCUCUGAUAGACGCACGAGUUCGAUGCGACUCGCCGGUAUAUCGUGUUCCUCACGGAACGGGGAUACAAACAACAACAAUAAUAACAAUCCGAGACACCGAAUCUCGCCGUAAACAAUGGUACUUUGCUCCAGGGGCAGGAAGGCAGAAAAACUGCACUCGUUCGUGAUCGUUCGUGCUCGACCAAUUCGAACGGGUUAAUGCAGCUUUUUCGAGUCCUAGGACUCGAGUCUCGCGUUGUCUCGUUGAAAUUGUAUAAUACAAAAGAGAGAUAAUAUAUUAAAGAACGACACACAUAUGUAUAUAUUGUGAGGAGCGUGGGAGGGGGUUGUUAGGAGUGAAACAAUGGAGUGGCCAAACGACAAAGCUUUGUUAUUUAUCAAUGAGAUCGAGAGGUUGCCGAUUCUGUGGGAUUCCUCGGAUCCGUAUUACAAAAUCAGCAGGAAAAAGAACGAAGCGUGGGAGAGCCUCGCUAACAAAUUCAGCACGACGGUGCUGGACGUUAAGAAGAAGUGGCUCUCGCUACAGGCGUCGUAUAGAAGAGAGAGAAUCAAGGUGAUUGAUUCUGCAAAGGGGAGCGAAAAGAAGGUAUUGUCCAAAUGGUUCGCGUAUCGUGCAAUGAUGUUCUUGGGAGAUCAUUAUAGACCAAGAGGCGCGAGAAAUACUUGUGAGACUUCCGAAGCGUGCCAACAGGAAGAGAAUAGCGACCAUACGCACCAUGAAGGUGUUAAUCAGAUAGAAGUGACACGCCCGAAAGUAGAAGCUAUAUUACACGAAUCAGACAGGAGCUUACGAUCGUGCAAUAGCCCGUUACGAAAGAAGCAUUUGAAAGUAUUUCACUCUCCAGAAUUAAGUAGCCCGAAGAAGAAGAAGAUCAAUGAAGAUAGCAAGCCAAGUGAAAUGUACAUUUUAAAGGCUACCGUCGCAGAAAAAGAAUCUCAACGAGAUGAAAAUGAGACUUACGGCGAAUACGUGGCGCUGACUUUGAAAAAAUUAGAUAAUUAUUCGCGUAUAAUGGCGAAACAUUACAUUAAUGAGAUUCUCAUAGAAGCAGAAUUGGGAAAAUACAAAGAUUCGAUUCCUCAAAGAUCGCCUACACCCACGACUACAUAUUCUACUAUUUCACCAUCGCUUUCUGCAUUUUCAUAUCAAUCUGGCGGUUCCAAUAAUGUGAUUUCUUCUGAACCGAAUCUAUGAUAUCACGCUUGCUGAAUCAGUAAUUUUGCAAAAUUCAUUAACAUCAUUUUAGACACUUUUAUUUUCUGUUGAAAUACAUAUUUGUAUUCUUCAGCCAUUUUCACAAUGACUUUUGUAAUUUGUUUGAGAAAUAAAAUAAAAUCUUAUAUUAAUGU